AUGCCAGAAAGUGCGUCCCUUACAGACCUCGUCAAGCGCCACGAACGGACAUUGCAUGCCGACCAGUACAGGAAGGCGCAUCCGGAAGAGUUUGGGUCGGGCAGUCGAUUGUCAGACGGAUCCGAAUCACCACGCACCCCUCACCCGCUUCCCCCUUUGACCCCUCCAGAUGACUACACUUUGAACCUCGAAACAACGUACACGCCUGUUGUCCAUGUUCCCGGCGCUGGUCCAGGCCUCUCGUACGACCACCCUGCACCCUUCAGGUCAUCGUCUGGCUCGCCGUCCAGCGACGGUGGGAGGCCGUUCCAUCCAGGUGAUGACGCAGUUACUUUUGACUUCCCCCCUAUGAACGCGGAAUUCCGGCAACCUCCAAUGCCAGCUCCGCGUACUGUAUUCUCAUUACAUGGUGAUGCAGACUACUACCAAGAGCCGCCAGCGAAACGGCAACGGUUUGAAAUCGACCCGCUCAUCAUGGCCACACCCGUGAACGCGGACAUGCACGUAGUAGAAACGCCCGUUUCACAGCUCGGAGUCCAGACUUACGAUGCUAUUGAUCCUAAUUUAGAGGACGCACAUUUCGUUCAACCGUCACUUCCACAUGAGUCGCCAACCUGGGAAAACCUAGAAAAUAUUGACCUGUCUGCCGAAUACCUGGCCCUGUUCGACAUGGAGACCGAACAGGCCAACCGCACAGAUACCAAUUACCAAACCUCCACUCAAAGGCUACGGGUCCACUCCGAAGCCUGUGCAAACCUGCGGAAUCUCCCUAACCUCCAGUUCAGCGAAGAGACGCACCGGCGAAUAUGCGAAGACAUCCGUCUUCGGACCAUGGGCCUGGGUCUCCCCGAAACCCUCCUCCCCACCUUCACCGACCUGCAGCAAUUCUUCUCCGGCUACCUCGAAGGCUUCCACCGGCACUUCCCCAUCAUCCAUCUGCACUCCUUCGACCCAUACCAGGUCCCCAGUCCCCUAAUAAUGGCCAUGUGCAGCAUCGGCGCGCAGUACCGCCUCCGCAGAGAGAAGGCGAAGAAUCUCUUCGUCCUAGCUGGCACCAUGAGCUCGCACGCGCUUCACAAUGGACUCCCCAUUGUAAAUGGUAAUCCAGAACCUGCGCCGCUAUGGGUCAUGCAGACGCGCGUGCUGCUCUCGCUCUCUGGAAUGUUCAGCGGCAUGACCUCUGUUGUGCUACGUACGGUCGAGAACCUCGGACUCCAUUCCAUUGACUACCGCCUCAGGAAAGCGCUGCUCAAGCGGUCAAGCACAGAAGGCUUGGACUGGGAUGAGUGGAUCUAUCGUGAGAGCAGCAAGCGCUUGCUUUUCGGUAUGUACGUUGUGUCAAAUCUGAUUUCCACCACGUUCGGAGUCAUGCCAGGGUUUUCGCACACGGACGAUCUGGACUUUGAGGACCUGGACGAGGGGCGCUUCUGGAAUGCCUCAUCAGCGCAGGAGUGGUGGUAUCUUCGGCGGUCUGCCCCAGAUACGUCCCAGACACGCUCUACCGUCCGAGACAUUUUGAGCCGCAUUCUGCUCGAUGAAGACCAUGAUGCGGGCGGCCCGCCUGAAGUAUCUGUCCUGACGAUGCUUCUCCUCAUGCAUGCAAUGAACAUUCAUAUAGAAGGUAUACGCCAGGUCGUCGAGCUAAGCCCUGUGCACCUGCACGAUACACUGAUAAAUCCGACCACAUCCGCGCUCUCAGCGUGUGAGGACAUCCUUGCCGCCGCCCGCCAGCGCAAAGACACCACAACGCCGUGGACCGAGGCAGAGGGCCCGCUGAUGUUCAAUUGCCAGGGCGUAGUUCACAUGGCGCAUGUGCGCCUGUUCCUCGACAUGAGGGCUUUCAACAGACUUAUGCUGAUUAACGACAACCCCGACGAGAUAGCCGCGGCCGCGUACUCUUUUGCUGAGGCGCCACUGCAGAGAUGUGCGAGCUUGACGGAUUUUAUGAGGAAAUCGUAUGACAGACACCAUGUGCUGGUGAAGCUGGGACACAGUCUCUUGCGGAAGACGGCGGCGCUUAGCUGGAGCUUGGAACACGCUGUAACGGACUGGGUCGGAAUUCUUCUCGUCACCAAAUGGAUACACACUCUCGAAACCUCCCCUGCCAGCUCGCCGCUUGAUGCAGACGAGAAAGAACUUCUACGCGGCUAUAAGCAUCUACUCGCCGAGACGGACUGUGAGUACAACGGCAGCUCCCUCGCCAGCGCGGUCGCUCACUUCCGCUCGACGAUGCUUAAUGACGUCUGGGUGUGGGGCGUGACGCCGAGAAUGGCGCUGGUGCUGCAGCACCUGGCGUGCGUAUAUGAGGAUAGACGUAGGGCGCUAAGAGGAAUGAAAGCUGAGUAUGCUGUGGAUUAG